AAGUGGCAUGUAAGUUAAACGCCUUUCCAGAACGAAAAUCGGAAGCGUUGAUUAGCUAAACAGCAGCUAGCUACACCAGUUCAUUCGUCAUACCGACGUCAGGCCAACAUGGCGGCCCACAUAGCACGACGUUGUUAUUUACUAUGUCGUCGUGCUGGAGAAAUUGCGAUUCCACAACAUAACAAACUAAAACGUAUUGUAAUAAGAGACAUUAACAAUACUUUGCAGCAGACUGUUGUUUACAGUACCCGAGGGACAGACACCACACAGGACGCCCAAGUGCACAUUCCAGUGGACCGCCUGACAGUAUCUUACAGCAGAAGCAGUGGUCCUGGUGGUCAGAAUGUCAAUAAAGUCAGCACAAAAGCAGAGGUCCGAUUCCACGUGCAGACGGCCGACUGGAUCCCAGAAGAUGUUCGACAGAAUAUCUUUGAAAAGAACAAAAACCGCAUCAACAAGGCCGGGGAGCUGCUGGUGACCUCGGAGCUGAGCAGGAGUCAGCAUAGAAACCUUUCUGAUUGUAUACAGAAGAUUUCUGCCAUCCUGGCUGAGGCCAGCGAGAAGCCUCGUGAACCAACAGCAGAGGACGUAGCUCUCAGGGCAGCCAGGUUAGAGAAGGGAAACAAGGAGCGACUCAAACAGAAGAAGAUCCACUCAGCCACCAAGAAGAACAGACGAGUGGAUUUUGACUGAUUGACUGUGACUUUUCUACCUCCCAUGAAUGCAUUGUCAGCAAUUACAUAUCAUUUAUAUGUCCAGUGUAAAUUAUUUUGUCUGUAAUUUCCUGUAUAAUAAAAGUGAGUAAGAAAAUACCAGAAAUAUACAAACACGUGAUA